CUUGUCGGGAAUGACGUUGACCCGGUCAUGUGACUGCGCUCGAUUCCUUUUCGUAACAGCAUCCGUUUCCUCCUCCUUCGUUCCGUUUUCUUGUUACACAAAUCAAUUAUUUGGACAAUUUUAUUUUGAAAAAUUUAUUCCUGGAAAUGUGCGAAAAGGAAGAACUGUUCUUUUUAUCUCAGAAUAAAGUUCCUAUCACCGAACAGUCAAUUUGUUUGAAAAAGAUCGACAACUGUUACAAAGUUCAUCAAGAUGUGCAGAAAGAAAAUAUUUGGAGAAAACUACAUUUGCGUUGGACUGAAUCCUUUAAGAAACGGGCUUCUGUCACUAAAUGUGAACCCUGUAAUAACGACUCUUUGGAUUUGAAACUGAAUGCUUUAUAUAGUCAUCAUCAUCAAUGGCUCGAAACAACCGCUGGAAUAAUGUUACAACCAAAUACCUUGGAACACAAAAAUGGUUUGUGCAAAGAAUCUAAUAAGAAGAAUAAUCAAAUGAAGAAAGAUAAAGGAAUGGUUAAUUAUGGUAUCCGAAAUUAUCCAAUAUAUAUAGCCACUUUGACCGAAAGAAGAAAAAAUAUAAAUACGAAUAAAAGCAUGGCAAUAGUUUCUUUUUUAUAGAAAGCUCACACAUAUCUCAAACAAAAAAUGGAUACGACAGAAACAAACACGGAGGAUUUUUCGAUAAAUAAACUAUUAAAUUACAACGAAAAUUAUACUAAAUAUUUACCUAAAUUAUAUAAUCUAUAAACAAUAAUUAAACCA